AAAGGUGAAGCGGGAGCCAGGCGAGAAUGGCACCAGCUUGACCGAUGAGGAGCUGGUGACCAUGUCGGUGCGAGAGUUGAACCAGCACCUGCGAGGCCUAUCCAAGGAAGAGAUUAUCCAGCUGAAGCAGCGCCGGCGCACACUCAAGAACCGAGGCUACGCAGCCAGCUGUCGAGUGAAGCGGGUGACACAGAAGGAGGAGCUGGAAAAGCAGAAGGCGGAGCUACAGCAGGAGGUGGAGAAGCUGGCCUCCGAGAAUGCCAGCAUGAAGCUGGAGCUCGAUGCGCUGCGCUCCAAGUAUGAGGCCCUGCAGAACUUUGCCAGGACCGUGGCCCGCAGCCCUGUGGCCCCGGCUCGGGGUCCCCUUGCUGCUGGCCUGGGGCCCCUGGUCCCUGGCAAGGUGGCUGCCACCAGCGUCAUCACAAUAGUAAAGUCCAAGACGGAUGCUCGGUCAUAGGGACACGUGCAGUUGCCAGGCAGGUCUUUGAGGGGCCACUAGGUGCGUGGCAAAGUUGGCAGCCCCGUCCCUCUUCCUUUCUUUUCCCUUCCUUUCUACUUUCCCUUCCCUCUUUCCUUCCCUGCAAAGCACAACCUGCACCCAGGGGCACCGGGCUGAGCCCCUUGAUAUCAUCUUUGUUGUCACGCCUGUGUUUUGUACGUUGGGAUCGGUCAGUUCAACAGUGAUGUUGGGUUGCC